AUUCAGAUAAACGGAAUAGGGAUAAGAUAACUCACUCCCCAACAAGGGAACAACUACCAGUCAUCCUCCUUCCUGUUUCGUAUUUCUCCCUUCGUAUCAACGGUAGAUAAUACGAAUCCAGAACUAACCGAGAAGCUACGCAACCCAAAGAGGACAAUAAACUGAAAGGAAACGACGAGGAGAGGAAACCCGUGAACCCACCCUCACUCAACAAGCUAAAAUCACCAGUUGUCCGUGAUAUUCUCUAAUCGACACAAAUUCCUUGCAAACCCAAAUUUCAAAUCGCACAAAACCCUUAAAAAAUUUCCGUCAAAUUCAGCGGCUCCUUUUUGAUAUCUGGGAUUUGAUUGUCUUUUGAGGAUAAUCAGUUAGAGAUGAAAGGUUUUAACAGCGUCAACCCCCAAAUUUCGCUGGGUCUUACCCGAUUCUCUGCAAAAGGCCCCAAAUUUCGCGGGGUUUUCAAUGGACUAUCCGCGUUGGUGUUGUUUUUCUUAUUCUACAACCGGGUAGAUGUAUUGAGGAAUCCUCUCUCGAAGCAAUCCGCCUUGCUUAUUCAUCAAAAUUCAGCUCAAAGAGCUAAUUAUGCCGAUGGGUUUCCUGUUAAGGUAUUGCUCCGACAAAUGAUGGAAGUUGGCGUUAAUUCAUCAAGUUUCACAAAUGGGGCCGAUCAAAACAAUUUGACUGCAGUUAAUCCUUCAUUUUGUACUGGUUUGUUUGAUCAUGUGGAUUAUGCUAGCCAAUGUGAGUACUUACAAGCCCAUCCUGAGUGUUCUGCGGGCGGGUUCUUUGAUUACCUCAAGUUUAUAUACUGUGAUUGCAGAGAAUUUAGUGUUUUGGGUUUUGUUUUGCUGGGUAUUUGGCUUGCUGCAUUGUUUUAUCUGUUGGGUAAUACUGCAGCUGAUUACUUUUGUUGUUCAUUGGAGAAACUUUCCACUCUUUUGAAGUUGCCGCCAACAGUUGCUGGGGUUGCACUUCUGCCACUCGGGAAUGGAGCACCAGAUGUGUUUGCAAGUAUUGCUGCAUUUGUGGGGACGGACACCGGUGAUGUGGGUCUUAAUAGUGUAUUGGGUGGUGCAGUUUUUGUUACUUGUAUUGUUGUUGGAACAGUUUCUUUGUGUGUUGCUGAUAAGGGAGUUCAAAUUGACAGGAAAUGCUUCAUCAGGGAUGUCAGUUUCUUCAUGUUCACACUCUUCUUGUUGUUGAUGAUUUUGGUAGUUGGUAAGGUAAGUGUUGGAGCAGCAAUUGGUUUUAUCUUGAUUUAUGUGGUUUACGCAUUUAUUGUUGCCGCAAAUGAGAUUUUGAGGAAACAAGCUCAUAGGUUUAAGUUGGAUACUGUUACACCAUUGCUUCCUGUCAGAGGAAGUGUAUUUUCGCAACAAGGAAGUGAAGAAGAUGUUUCCAUAUACAGCUCCCUGCUAGGUCUUGAGACUGAAAGUGAUCCACCCCAACUGCACACUUCCUUGCCACAAUGGAUGUGGGCUUCAAAUGUGGCAAUAUACUCAAACCAUGCAAUGAAGGUCAGUUCGCUAGACAAUGAAAGGCCCCCAUGGGGCUGGACUGACGGGGAAGUGGAAACCAACCAAACAUUGUUCUCGUGUUCUAGAGCGAUUUUUCUGAUUGAGAUGCCACUGACAGUGCCUAGACGGUUGACAAUCCCAUUAGUUGAGGUGGAAACAUGGUCAAAGCUAUAUGCUGUGGCCAGUGCUUCAUUGGCUCCCAUUCUCCUUGCUUUCCUGUGGAAUAGCCAAGACAAUGUGGCCUCUCAAAGCAGAACGGUUGUGUAUUUUGUUGGUAUUGCAGUCGGAUGCACCCUUGGUGUGCUUGCUCAUCAGCAUACUGUAGCUGAACACCCACCUCAGAGGUUCUUGAUUGCGUGGGUUCUAGGGGGAUUCGUGAUGAGUAUUGUCUGGUUCUACAUGAUUGCAAAUGAACUUGUUGCUCUAUUAGUGGCAUUCAGUGUGAUAUUAGGGAUUAACCCAUCCAUCCUUGGGUUAACUGUAUUAGCAUGGGGUAACUCAAUGGGUGAUUUGGUGUCAAAUGUUGUGCUGGCAAUGAAUGGCGGGGAUGGUGUGCAGAUUGCCUUUUCCGGAUCUUAUGCAGGUCCCAUGUUCAACACACUUAUUGGUUUAGGUAUCUCACUGCUUAUUGGAGCCUGGUCAGAGAGACCAGCUUCAUACGCAGUUCCACAGGACAGCAGCUUGUUUUACACAAUGGGGUUUCUAAUGACGGGGCUAAUCUGGGCUCUUGUCGUGUUACCCAAGAACGACAUGCGCCCUAGCAAGAUGUUAGGAAUAGGGCUUAUAAGUCUCUACGUGAUAUUUCUUUCUUUCAGGUUGAUGUGCGCGAUGGGAUAUAUAUCAGUAGCUGGAUUAAGUUGACCUUAAACGGAGAUGCAAGAGUAUCUGCAUUCGUUGGCUGACUGCAAUGCAGUGCUCAUAUACUGAUGAGUUUUUGACAUUGUUCCAUCUGAAGACAUUAUGUAUGUUCUGAACAGAAACCUAGUAGGCCAUUUUUCUUGUAAACUCUCACUGUUCAUAUAAUUGAAUAAGCACAUUACUGUUGUAGUCCUUA